CCCGCCACUUGCUGGUUGUUGCUCGUUGCAGAUGGAGCUAACAGGGUCUAUUCUCUCAGUGGUGCUUCUCUUCCCGGAGUUCGUGUUGGAAGAAUUCAUCAGAUCACAUUAUGUGCGUGCCUAAUGAAAGAUGACCAAAUCACCGCGUCGUCACAACAGGAGGAGUGUCCGAGCAGCAGCGCCCCCCGUCCUCUCAUUCCGCUGUAGCAGUAACAUGAGCAGCUCCAACCUCCAGGAUCGACCAAUACCCAAGCAACGACUCCGACCAUGGCUUGAGCGCCUUCUGAACAACCACGGCAGCUGCCCGGGUGUGGAGUGGGUCAACCGGAAGGAGCAAGUAUUUCAAAUUGCCUGGCGUCAUGCCUCGAGCCAAGGCUUCCAGGAAAACAAGCACAGCGACAUCUUCAAACGAUGGGCCCAGAACACAGGCAAGAGGAUUGACCAUACAAAAAACAAAAGUAACUUUCGAUGUGCCUUGCGGAGCCUUAAGGACUGUGUCGAACUGACGGCUUAAAAGCGAAGGAAACAGAGCACAGCACGGAUCAAGCAGGAGGUGGUCAGACCAGUCAGAGACGAUGCCCCAGUCACACGCUCUCGCAAACGUAAGAGGGGAGCGGAGGCUUCAAGUGACGCCACUGACAACUCGCAUGUCCAAGACAUCCAUGAAGCGCUUAAUGAAGCUCCAGAGUCGAAGUUAGAUCCUGGUACUGUUGCUGCAGAGGGUCAUCCCUCUGAAAAACUCGUGGUACACAAUGUGCCUGAAUCUGGCAAUCUGUUAGUCGCAGCCUCUCCGGAGAUGGAGAGGUUCCUGAGUAUCUGCCCUGAUGCAGUAGUAGUUGAUGUCGAAAGUAAUCAAGGUAGUGGUCAAGCUUGUGGAUCCAGCGGUGAAGCCUGUAGCCAAGCUUCUGGGUCGAGUGGUCAAGUAUGUGUUCAGGGUGCCGGGUUUGGUGAUCAAGCUUCCGGGUCCAGUGAUCAAGCUUUUGGAUCUACUGAUCAAGCUUUUGGUCCCAGUGGUCAAACUUUUGGGUCUACUGGUCAAGCUUCUGGAUCCAGUGGUCAAGCUUUCGGGUCCAGUGGUCAAGCUUCUGGGUCCGAUGGUCAAGCCUGUGGUCAAGCUGCCUUGUCUAGUGACCAAGUUUUGUACAGCAAUGGGGCAUACACCUCGGAUAUGUACACUGCAAAGAGGAGCGAGGACGGCACAUUGUGUAUAACACUGACAACGAGUCUGGUGACCAAAGCGGAGGGGUCGGAGGAUGGAAAGUACAUGAAGGACUUGGAGGAGAACCACAGGUCUGUCGGGUGCUCCGUCCAAUCUCCGGAGGGCUCCUCUAAGCUGCCUAACUUCAAAGUCUUGGGAUUUCCUGAGUACCAGUCCGUGGGCAGCUACACCUGUCAAAAUCUGACCAGUGGUGGUCAAGUGCGUGUCCUCGGCCCAGACGUCAAAAUACCUCCCAUCACAGAGAUCAUUCUGCCAUAUCACACCACAUCACCCGUUCAGACAGAACAAGGUACUAGUCAAGAACUCACCAGGGGUCCCCUCCAUGAGCUCUCUGAAGUUGUUCAUGAAGUUGGUCCACAAGAUGAUGCUAGCUCCUUCAUCCGAUUUCUGGAUCUUUUGCAAUCAAAGGGUUCAAGUGAGUACUCUGCAGAGAACAACAAGGCAAUAACCCAGUCCUGUGCUGAGUCGCAGCCUGAGCUCGCCAUGACUAUGACCCAUUUCCCUGCCACAGAGGCCCUGACAGAGGCCAGCAACGUCCUGCUCUAUGAUGACCCUAUGAUGCCCAAUGGAAAAACGGUUUUAGUGGAAUUUGUUGAGCAAAUGUCCCUGCCUCUCUUUGUUGACCCUGACGAUAUUUUCACAGUUAAGACGGUAUAGCACAGAGUAGAGGUGUGAGAGGAAAUACAUCAUCAGUCAAUUCGCCUACCGUAUGACUUCAGGAUCUGGAUCCCCAAGAAUGAUUCCCGGACAUUGAAAAUGUUUGUCAAGUGGGUGAUUCCAGGACAAUGAUACUGUGUGUCAAGUGGGCGAUUCCAGGACAAUGAUACUGUGUGUCAAGUGGGCGAUUCCAGGACAAUGAUACUGUGUGUCAAGUGGGUGAUUCCAGGACAUUGAAAAUGUUUGUCAAGUGGGCGAUUCCAGGACAUUGUGCGUAUGUCAAUUGGAAGAAUCCAGGACAUUGUGCGUAUGUCAAUUGGAAGAAUCCAGGACAUUGUGCGUAUGUCAAUUGGGCGAUUCAAAGACAUUGUGCGUAUGUCAAUUGGAAGAAUCCAGGACCAUGAAUAUUUGAAUGGACCAUAUAAUACUGCAGCAUAUUCACGUGUGAUUUUGGAAACAAGAUGUACAAAUUUAUUAAAUUUUAUAUGUAAGUGGACUACGCUAUAGUACAUUCUCAUGAGACUUUGGGAACCUAAUGGACAAUUCCAGGAUAAUAUGUCAAUGAACUACAUGAUAUUUUGUACCGGUACAUUCACAUGUGACUUUCGGAACAUGUGUGGACGUUCCCAGGACAGAGGACUACAUAAUAAAUUAUUAUUAUGUAGUCUAUUUAUAAUACUUUAGUAUAUAUAUAUUCACAUGCGACUUCAAGAACAUAUUGGAGGAUUCCCAGACAUUAACCCUCUGAACCCUUCCCCAGUGAGGCAACCCAGCCCCAGCACCUGGAGCCCUGUGGCUGCCUAACCCCUGCAUACAGUGUAAUCGCCCUCAGGGUGCUACUCUGUACAUGUAUUAUUAGCGUGGAGCGUAAUGGCCCUCGGGAUGCUACUCGGUAUAUUAGCGUAGAGCGUAAUCACCCUCAGGUUAACGGGGUUAAUAUGCCAGUGGACUACAUAGUUUUACAUUCACAUGUGACUUUGAGAACCUAAUAAAUGAUGCCAGGACAACCCUGACCCUAAACUUAACCCUUUCCCUAAACUGCCAUCAUUUUUUUCAAGUACAGUUGGCCUUAUUUAUUAUCUAUAUGAAAUUUUUACAAUUUUACAGGGGAACCAAAAAAACCCAGAGUGUUGUUACCAAGAAAACAUUUCCUUAAAGGUUAUAAGAAAAUGAUUUUAUCUAUUCUUUAAAAAUAUUGAAUAUGCACUUUUAGAAAUGACGGCAGUUAACCUCUGUCCUUAACCGAGUGACACAGCACACUUAAACCAUGAUCAAUCGGGUAGAUUGUCAGUGGAUUGGCAUUAGACAUUGCAUUUCUUUCCAAAAUUCUUGCUGCAACAUCUUGGCAGUGACAGAGUAUAUAUCAUGAAUUGCGCUUUGAUUGAAUUUAAUUGCUCUUAACUACCUUGUGCUGCAUGCCCCAUACUAGUUGUUGGUGUCAUCUUUGCAUGUGUCAGGGUUGGAUGGGCGGCCAGCACACGUGUGAUGAACAGUGAUGUAUGACUGUGCGUGUGUGUGUCGGGGGCACAAGCAGUCCGGGCCUGGAAUGUCAAUAGAGAUACAUGUAUAAACUUGCCAUGCUCUAGACACCAACAUUGUUUGGCAAACAGUACGUUAGAUGAAAGAGGUAACACAGACAUGCUUACAAUACUUUAGAUGAAAGAGGUAACACAGACAUGCUUACAAUACGUUAGACGAAAGAGAUAACACAGACAUGCAUUUGAACAAAUCGGCCCCAGGGCUGCCCACCUACCUGCAUAUGUUUCAGUAAUCAACAAAAA